AUGCCAAUAAAACAGCCGAGAUCUCAAACACAAAUCACUGAAACUGCAUCUGCAACGUGUGAAGAUGACAUCGAGGAAAAUUGGAGUGCCAGCUGGGAAAUCCAAGAGAUGCAAGAGCAGAAUUUAGAAAUGCAGCAAGAGCAUGGAAUGGGUGACGACGAAAUGGAAAUGCAGGAAAUGGGAGGUGGAGAAGAGGACGAAGAGCAAGAGGAAGAAGAGGAGGAAGAAGAAGAAGAAGAAGAAGAAGAAGAAGAAGAAGAGCAAGAGGAAGAAGAAGAGGAAGAAGAAGAGGAAGAAGAGGAAGAACAGGAGGAAGAAAAAGAAGAAGAGGAGGAAGAAGAAGAGGAAAUGGAAAUGGAAAUGGAAAUGGAACAUUAUUGA